AUGGGCCAGCACGCCGCGCGUCCCAGCUGCGAGCCUCCGCAGCGGCGCACCGGCGAAGGCGCUGCCGAGGAGCCCCUUACGGGCUUCCUUCUUCGGCAGCUGCGGGGAACAAGAUGGGAGUGGCAGAAGGUGCUCGCAGAUCCGUGGGAGCUCCGCGCCUUUUCUUGGCCGCGGGGGAGAGAGGCAGGCUGCAUCGAGAUGUCUGAAGUCGUCAAGGUGGAGACUCUUUGGCUCGUGGAUCCGCAGGUCUGCGUGGUGCCGCUAGGGGCCCGCGCCGAGGCACCAAGCGGUGAGCCAACACCAGCAGGAUUCGCCCUGAUACAGAGGAACGGCCAGGAGUUGGUCUUUUGCGCCCCAUCACCUGCACUUCGGGAAGCAUGGCUGGCCGCUUUCCGGGACCUCCUGACGCUGGCAAAGCAAGGCCUGCCGAGACCAGCGGAGCAGCAGAGACCUGCUGAGGUUGUAGAAGCCAUGCCUGCAGGUCCCCCCCCUUCGAAGGGGAAAGGCCACGGCAAGGGCCCCCGCGGCCCCGCGCCGCCGCCGAAAGCCAAGGUUUUGAACUCAAACUUUGUAGUGAUACGUACAGUCGCCAUGAACCCACCCGACUGCUUCGUAGCUGCUUUUCCCGGCCCGGCACGGACCGUGGCCCGGGCGGCGCCGGCAAGAAGGGUGCAGGUCGCGGCGCAGGAAGUUGCCAACCGACAGACUUUCACUGCUCCAGCCGUCCUUGCUGCCAGCGUGGCGGCGCGUCGCGCUGCCCAGCGCCGGGGUAAGCAACGGUCGACUGCAUGCCGGCAGUCGCCAGCGACAGCAGUUCUGACGCCAAGGAUUCGCGAGGAGAAGGAUGGGCCGACCUGCUCAGUCUGGCAAGGAGACAAAGAUGUGAAAGCGGCUCCCAUCCCCGACGAUCUCCUGAACCUGGACACUGCCAACCUUUUUGACAAGACUCGCACCAUUAAGGGCGAGGUGGUGCGCAGUUGCCGCAAGGGUGCCAAGCAGGUUGCCACCGUGGGACCGGCUUCCAGCAGCAUGGAAAUGUUGGAGAAGCUCUUCCUUUGCGGAGUUGAUGUCUUUCGGCUCAACUUUUCGCACGGCGAGCAUGACGAGAAGCUGGAUCUCAUCGAUAAGAUCCGUGACAUUGAGGACAAGUACAGGCAUCCCAUCGCCAUCCUGGGGGAUUUGCAGGGUCCGAAACAGCGCUGUGGCAAAUUCGAGGAUCCCGAUGGCGUAGAGCUGCAGCUCGGUCAGCUUUUUCGUUUCGACAUGGACCCCGCGCUGGGCAACGAGAAGCGGGUCCAGCUGCCCCACCCUGAGAUUCUGGAGGCCUUGGAGCCUGGGAAGGAUCAGCGCCUGCUGCUGGAUGAUGGCAAGAUCCGGAUGAAGGUGGUUCGCAAGGGCUACCUCCUGGAUGGCGAGGAAGUCGAGCAGGAAGCUGCUGGAGCCACGCCUUUCGUGGAAUGUGAGGUCACCGUCCCCGGACACCUUGGAGCCCGCAAGGGUGUGAACACGCCGGACGUCAUCCUGAACAUGUCUCCAAUCACGCCCAAGGACAAAGCGGAUCUGAAGUUCUGCUGCAAGCACGACGUCGAUUGGGUCGCCAUGUCAUUCGUGCAGAAGCACGAGGACAUGAAGGAGCUGAGAGCCCUGGUCAACAGUGAGGAGUAUAAUCAGCCCGACUUGAAGCUCCUGGCCAAGAUCGAGAAGCCUUCCGCAGUGGAUGAUCUUCAGAAAAUAUUGGAAGAGUGCGACGGUGUGAUGGUGGCCCGCGGUGACCUGGGAGUCGAGAUGAACCCCCAGGAUGUGCCUUUCGUCCAGAAGGAGAUCAUUCAAAGUGCCCAAUUUGUCGGGAAGCCUGUUAUCGUGGCAACACAGAUGUUGGAAACAAUGAUCACCAACCCGAUGCCAACACGCGCGGAGUGCAGUGAUAUUGCGAAUGCAAUUAUCGAUGGCUGCGAUGCCGUCAUGCUGAGUGGUGAGUCUGCUGUUGGCAAGUACCCAGCGGAGGCCGUUGCAAUGCAGCGCCGGGUCAUCGAGAGUGCAGAGUCGCGUGUCGACUUUGCCAGUGUGAACUCGGGAAGGAUGCAAAAGCAGCACCUCACCGACACGCAGAUCGCAACAGAAGCCGUUCUCAGCUCUGCAGCGACCCUAGCCAAGGACAUGAAUGCCUGCGGCAUGGUUGUCUUCAGUGCGACUGGCGAAUCGGUGCGGCUUCUGGCACAGAGGCGACCCACCGUUCCGAUUCUUGCAGUAUGCCGAUGCCUGGAAGUGGCUCGACAGGUCGCUCUUAUGCACGGCGUGUAUGCCAUCUUUGACCACGAGGUGGCGAAGUUCUCGUCAGAGGCGAGCAGGCCAGAGAACUUUGACAAAGUCCGCUUUGCCACAGGUGUGGAGAUUGGUUGCCGGAUUGCCCGUGAGCUCGCCUUGCCCAAGAGCGAGGAAGACUGGCUCGUAGUGGUGGCACGCCUGCCACUCUUCUCGCAGGGCUGCUUGAAUGCGAGUCGUCUCGUCCAAGCUGGCGGACCGAAGAAAAUGGACGGGUAUGGCUCCAAGAACAUCCCGUUCGAGGAUGAUGAGGAUGAGCUCGGCUUCAUGAUGCGCAUACAAUUGAUCCUGCAGAUGGGCGAAAAAUGGCUUCAACGGGCAGAGGCGAAGCCAAAGUCGCGCACGCCCCGCAUCCACGGUUUGCUCGAGAGCCGCCAGCCCGCCACUGAUGUGGCCAACACGAUCUUCAGUGGUGCUGACGCGGCCCCGAAGGAAGAGGCACCCGACCUCGCACCCAUGCUGGAUGCUUUCGCAUCCUCGCGCACACCGUCUCCGGUGAAGCGGCGCAGUGCGCGCCAGGAUGAUGGUGUUCAACUCAUUCCUGACAGACAGUUUGCACAGAACCUCGCCAUUUCCAUGGUUCGAGUGAAUGUGGCACAGCUGGCGCUGGCCGCCGCCUCCAUGUCGCCGAAGCGAGCGGAGUUCUCUGAGCCGCGCGACUGGGAGCAGUCGGAGAACCUGGUGGACACGUUGGCGAGUAAGCCAGACCAGGAUCCGCUGCCUGCCAUCCAGGCGUACUUGCAGGAGGGCAAAGAUCCCGGCAAACUACGCCUUAUCGAACAGAAGCUGGUGCCACUGGCACCAAUCCCCCGCGUAGUGCAGCGCCUGCAGCUCAUCUUCCUCGCCCGGACUCUCUCUGCUUGGGAGGAGUCGGCCAGGUCAGCAGUGAGCUUGUUGGUGAACACUGCGACUGCGGUCAAGAACUGCUCGUUGAUGCGAGAGGUGGUGAAGAUUAUCCAGGAGACGCUGCAGUGGAAUGCAGCCCCUGGCAUGCCGUCACAUGCAAGGCCACGCGUUUUUCCUGUGGGGCAGCAGCUGCAACGGCUGAACACGCUGAAGCCUACGGGCGAUCUGCUGCCGAAGAGGUUUCCCCGCUACACCUACGUCCAUCUCCUGGCCGAGGUGCUCAUUUUCAAGAUCGGCCUUUGUCUUGGUGCCGACCCUUUCGCAGAAGCAGUCGGCUCACAGCUCGGUCUAGCGGCCAAGGCCAACCCCGAGCUCGCCUACGAGGAGCUGGCACGCCUUCGCCGUGGCCGCCGUGCUGCCGAGGUAGAACUCAGCGGCCAUGGCUCUUCUUACGGCCCAUCGUCCAAGGAGGCGCUGCCGCCGCAGGUCUUCGACAUCGAUGCCGAAGUCACCGGCGAGGCCGUGACAGAGAUACGGCUGGAGGAGACGACAACGGCAGGGAGAGCCACAUUGACGCUUCCUCCACACUUCGAGGAAGAGCCAUCGGAGGUGCCAAGGUCUUGGCCACGAAGACCGCGAUUGUGCCGGCUGCGAUGGGUACGUGCAGCUUCGCAGCCUACGCUUGAGGAUGGUGGCAGGACACCUCGGCAACCGGGCUCUUUCGUGUGGCUCCUGCAGCCUCGUUUGUUCCGGCGGCCGGUGUGGGAGAAGUGCUGGGCGGAAGUUCGUGCACGACACCUGGUGCUUCGGCAGAUCCUGGCGGGUGAUGCCCCCGAGACGGCUUUGCCUUUACCGGGUUGUGAGGUGAUGCAGCUGACUUCGCUUCUUGCUUCAGAGGUGGCUACCUGGCUGGGGUCGGUGGGUGCUUUCGGCUUCGAGUUGGCUUGCGAGCCCUCCACCGACGGCGUGACAGGUGAGCGGAUAAUCGUUUGCGUGGAGACAGCGGAGGAGGCAGAGUCCUGGCAAACCCGCCUCAGCCGCGAAGCUUCUCGACAAGGAGCUGGUUGGCUCUUCCGGACAGAUGUUCGGAGCAAUUCGCCUGCUGAGAAGUGCUGGGCGGUGGUGGAGGAGGAGACGAAGCAGCUUCAGUGCUUUGUGGAUCCUGUGGACUACGCCAGUGGCAGACCUCCAACGUCGUCCUACCAUCUCCUUCGUCAGACGCUCACCUUCUUCGAGGCGUCCCCUGGUGGUGCUCCCGAGGUGGCGGCCGCUGCUGCCAGGCUCAAGCGGCAGUCCAUCCUCCCGGCUUUUGUCAUCCAGGUGGUCGAACGCUUCGCCUGCGCCAACCCGGCCUGCCAGUACAUGGCUUCGAAGACCGAGGACUUCGGUGGAUACUGCUGCAAACGUUGUCAUGCGUCCCAUGAAUAUGGGCAUGCUCUUACACAUGGCUUCCGAUGUGCCGAAGAAAUCGCACACUGGAAGUUGCCUCGUGCUGCACCAGUUGCCCCUCCAGAGCCCAUACGCAAGGGCAAAGGACGUCGCAACAACAGCGGAGGGCGACGGAAAAACAAGCAGACGGACGUGAAUGGGGAGACUCCCGCAGCGGAACAAUUCGAAGAGGAAAGUGAACCGGAUUCGCCUUCGCAUGAGAAUGAAGCCUCUCCUGCAAAGCGCGGAGGGUCGGAGCCCGGCAGAAGCUGUCGCGCUGAGCUCGACGACCGGCCUGAAGAGCCCCCCCGGCAUCUCAGUUCAUUCUGGACAGAGACAGAGCGCGAAAAGUUUACGUGGGGACAUGAUGACCGAUGGGAUGGUGAAUCUCCUCGCGAUGUGGCGGCAAGUCGAAAGGAGCCCAGGCCCAGGCCAAGGAGCCCCGUCCCUGACGGCGCGUGGAGGCACGAUCGCUUCGACGAGGUUGACGGACGGGCACCUGCGCCCCGCAGACGGCCUUCGCCUCCUCGAUCCGGUCAUUCCGAGCCCAUGAUCUGGGGCGAGACGGAGCGCGCAGCUCACAACCGUUUGGCCUCUCGCUUCUUGCCGAAGCGCCAACGUUCGCCAGAAGCCACUGCCCCACGUGUGAAAGCCCGGGCGGGCCGCCCUGGGAAUGCACCAAAGAGUGAUCCAGGAGCCGUUGGGAGACACAGUGCAGCAGCGUCGGUGGCUUCACACCAAUCUACGGAAAGUUCGUCGAUGCCCCCGCUGCAGGCGUUCCAAGUCCGGCAAUACAAGAUGCCUGGCGACGCCUACGCCAAGCGCCAACUCUACAUGGGCUCCUCGGAUUCUUCCCCGACUUCGCCCGCAUCGCCGCCCAAAAAGUCGGAGCCAUCUCGGGCUCGGCCCGCCACGACGGCUCGGCCCGGAAAGCCUGCUGCCAAAGCUGCAGCAGUCGCGCCCGCCGCGGAGGUCUCUCAAGACUCCUCGGACACUACCCAGAGGGUGCGCAACUUGUCUAUGGGCCUCAGAAGUGUAUCUGUGGUCCUCGAGCAACUGAGAGCAUCACUGCGGCAGAAUACAUCUGCGCCGACAGGGCCAGUCAAGGUCGAGGACAGUGACGACGAUGGAUGUGUGAUGGUUUCGCCCGUCGAGGAGAUCGAGGACGUCUACCCUUUGGAUCCAGAGCAGCUGGGAGAGGCUGCCCCCCCAGAAGACGAGGCGAAGCUAGGCAUCGAUUAUCGAUUCCAGGCCGCAGCCGGAUAUUGCAGCCUGGGUUCGCAGAUCUCUGGGAUCUUUCAACUUCAUCGCCACAUGUCAACCAACAAGACUCUGAUUGCCUGCAACCUAGAGUCAAGUGUCAGUUUGGAAACGCCCGAGCACCAGAGCCCGGAAACCGAGUGGCAAGACCUUGCGUCCUGCUUGAAGAAGCUGCAGUCGCACGUGGAGGCACUGGCAGACGAGCCUGCCCCACCAGGCAAAACUGUUGAGGUCCUGGGAGGCUUCUCCCAUGAUCCACGGAAGGCAGAGAAGAGGGGCACUUUGCAGCUGGGUGGCGUGAGCAUCACGUACCCUUUGUUGGGCUGCCUUCUUCCGAAGGACACUCCCCCGGUCGAAAGCGAGCGCAGCGAGGCAAAGAUCCUCGGAGCGUCUGCCGACAGCCCAAGAAGGGCGCUGCUGUCUCAAGCAGAGGUGCUCCUGGCUGAGGCAGACGGGGCCCGGCAGGAAGCUCGCUCCUGCGAGGUGCGACUUGGGGAUCUGGAGGCCGAGGAGGCACGGCGCCGUGCCGAAAUCUCGGACUUCGAGGCGAUGGAGCCCAAACUGCAGGAGGCCCGAAACACUCUUCGCGCUCUUCGGGAGGCCGCGGACGAAAAUGAGGCCGAAGGUGAACGCUUGGUGCAGAUGCAGGCGGUCGCGAAGCGUUUGGAGCAGAUGCGCGCUGGGUUGCGGGCGGAUAAAGCACAGCAGCGACUGACGAAAGCAGUUUUGUCGGAAGCGAAGGGAGAGGAAGAGGAGCUGGCAAGGCAUGAGGCAUUGCUUCUAAGAUCUGCUACAAAGGCGAAGGCCGAGGUCAACGAGCUUAAAGCGAGGCUGCAACAGCUGCGGGGUCGUGAUGUGUCCAGGCAGCGGUACUGGGAGACCGUGCCAUCGAUCGAAGUAGACAAGCUACAACUCAAGCGCCAGGAGCUCAACGCUUGCCGCGAUCAGGCGCGAGCACUCAAGAGGCUGCUGUCGGAGCAGGAGGCGAGAGAUCUCGCUCGGCAGAAGGCAGCGUCCGAUUUGGUCGAGAGCCUGGCUCUGAGCUUGCGCCGUGAGAGUAUGGGGAGCUCAGCGCCGAUGGCAGUGUCGCCGGCGUCGGCUAGAGAGGCCCUCGUGGAGCACAUGGCGGAAUUGCGGAGGCUCCAGGCACGAAAGUGCGAACUGGAGGCACUCUUUGAUCGUGAGCGACGCCUGCGUGCCGCCCUGGAGCGUAGGCUCCACGCAUCAGCGGUGGUGGCGGUGCAGGUUGAGGUAAAAGGUUUUUCCUUGAGAGACCUGCAGUGCCGCAGCCGCGUCUCGCCUGCGCGAUGUAUUCAACAGAGAGAACUGCGGGCGAUGCCGGCCGUAGAUGCUGGCCCCAAACAGAUGAUCCAGGAGCCAGUGGUAGCAGUGGCAGAGAGCUUUUCCAGACCAUUGCAGUCCGGUGGCCCGGUCCCUCCAGCAUGGUCAGAAGAUAUCCGGCGGCUGGUUAGUGCCAUUUCGCCGUAG